GGGAGUUCUCUCAAGAAAAUAUAGGAGGAAGAAAUGGAGAUGAUGACUGAGAAACAGAGAGAUACUAAGUAUUUCUGCAACAACACUCCUGAAAAGAGCGAUUACGAGGCUGUAGAAGCCCUUAUUUCUAUGAGCUGCAACUGGAAAUCAGACUUCAAAAAACAUGCAGAAAUGAGACCUAUAACUCCAGCAUCUGAUAUGUCAGAAGAGAGCGACGAGACUUUGCUUCCCGGAGCGGCAGACUUUAAUGCAAUACCAGCAUUUUGCCUGACCCCCCCCUACAGCCCUUCCGACUUGGAGAUGUCACAGGUGGUCCAUCCGGGGGCACCGGCGCUCGGCAAGUUGCUGGCAGAGGCUGCCAAGCCGCCUCUGGCCGCACCUCGGCGAGAGGCAGAGAAGCCUCCAGCGGCCGGGCCUCUGAAAGCUCAAGCGACGAGUGUUAUCCGCCACACAGCUGAUGCUCAGCUUUGCAAUCGCAAGACCUGCCCGGUGAGAACAGCCAGCGUGCUGAAAUACCAGGACAGUGUUUCAAGGGAAACAAGCAGUAAACGGAACGCCAAGGCAGAACAUGUGGCGUGUUCCGCCGUGGCGCCGAGCAGAGCCAGGGAUGAGAGCGAAGAAUUGCUGGUGGCAGAAGGAAAAACCGCAGAACCGGCUGUCAGCCCGGCGCCCUUGGCAAAGCCCUCGGUCAGCAGACAUCAGCCUGUCCCUGGGCCGGCACAGCAGCCGCUGGCGGCGGUGGCACCACCGUGCCCUGCCCAAGGCAGCGGAGCCCCCCCUGUGCCAGUGAUUUGCCAGAUGGUCCCGCUGCCCGCAAACAACAACGUUGUGACGGCCGUGGUGCCCAACGCCGCGCCAAGCCAGCAGGCGGCUCUCUGUCAGCCCAUGGUCUUCAUGGGCACCCAGGUUCCCAAAGGUGCUGUUAUGUUCGUUGUGCCCCAGCCGGUUGUGCAGAGCACAAAGGCUCCCAUUAUUAGUCCGAACGGCACGAGACUCUCUCCCAUUGCCCCUGCUCCUGGCUUCGUACCUUCUGCCGCAAAAACCACUCCUCCGGUUGAUUCUUCAAGAAUAAGAAGUCACAUUUGCAGCUACCCAGGAUGUGGGAAAACGUACUUCAAGAGCUCCCAUUUGAAGGCUCACGUCAGAACACACACAGGAGAAAAGCCGUUUAGUUGUAGUUGGAAAGGCUGUGAGAGAAGGUUUGCACGGUCUGAUGAACUGUCUCGCCAUCGCAGAACGCAUACCGGGGAGAAGAAGUUCGCCUGCCCGAUGUGUGAGCGGCGGUUCAUGAGAAGCGACCACUUAACAAAGCACGCGCGUCGCCACUUAUCGGCUAAGAAGUUACCAAACUGGCAAAUGGAAGUGAGCAAGUUAAACGAUAUUGCCGUGCCGCCAACGUCUGCGACGGCGCAGUGA